AGAAGAAGAAGAAGAACCAGCUCGUGGACACAUGUUGUUGUUGUUGUCUUAUUACAACCGUUGAACUAAACAUGAGUGAAAGGACAGUUUGACUUUUUGACGCACGGAUGGACACGCGCACGGCGGUGCUCGCUGCUCGCUGAAGCCGCCGGUGUCCCCUCUGCUGUCGGCACUUCAAAGCAACCCGGUGCAUUACGUCACUUCUCUUUUGAUCUUUCCUCGGACGUCCCGCGGGCGCCAGUGAGAGUCCAGGUGGAAACAUGGCCGAGCACGAGAGCCUGGAGUUCGGGAAGGCGGACUUCGUGCUGCUGGACAACGUGUCCAUGGAGGAGUUCAUGGGGAACCUCAAACUCAGGUUCGAGAAGGGGCGGAUCUACUCGUACAUCGGAGAGGUGGUGGUCUCCGUCAACCCGUACCGGGCCAUGAACAUCUACGGCCGCGACACCGUGGAGCAGUACAAGGGCCGCGAGCUGUACGAGAGGCCACCGCACCUCUUCGCCAUCGCGGACGCGGCGUACAAAGCCAUGAAGCGGAGGAACAAGGACACGUGUAUCGUCAUCUCAGGGGAAAGUGGAGCCGGAAAGACAGAAGCCAGCAAGUACAUCAUGCAGUACAUAGCUGCCAUCACUAAUCCCAACCAGAGGGCGGAGGUGGAGAGGGUGAAAAACAUGCUGCUCAAAUCCAACUGUGUGCUGGAGGCCUUCGGCAACGCCAAGACCAGCCGCAACGACAACUCCAGCCGCUUCGGCAAAUACAUGGACAUCAACUUUGACUUCAAAGGGGAUCCCAUCGGAGGCCACAUCAACAACUACCUGCUGGAGAAGUCCAGAGUGAUUUUCCAGCAGGCAGGAGAGAGGAGCUUUCACUCCUUCUAUCAGCUGCUCAGAGGAUCUCCAGACUCCCUGCUCCGCUCUCUUCACGUCAAGAAAGACCCGACCGCCUACAACUACAUCAAAGUUGGAGGCCAGAUCAAGUCGAGCAUCAACGACGGCGCUGAUCUCAAAGCUGUGGCCGACGCCAUGAAAGUGAUCGGCUUCACAGGAGACGAGGUUCAGACCGUUUACAAGAUCCUGGCCACCAUCCUACACCUGGGAAAUAUGACCUUCGGCGUGGACGGAGACGUGACCUUGAUCGAGAACCCGAAGCUGGUGUCAGUGAUCAGGGAGCUGCUGUCCACCAAGGAGGAGAACGUGGAGAAGGCCCUGCUGUACCGCACCGUGGCCACCGGGCGGGACGUCAUCGAGAAGCAGCACACGGCGCAGGAGGCCGGCUACGGACGGGACGCUCUGGCCAAGGCCAUGUACGAGCGUCUGUUCUGCUGGAUCGUCGGACGCAUCAAUGACGUGAUCGAGGUGAAGAACUACGACGCCAGAGUCCACGGGAAGAACACGGUCAUCGGGGUCCUGGACAUCUACGGCUUCGAGAUCUUCCAGAACAACAGCUUUGAACAGUUCUGCAUCAACUACUGCAACGAGAAGCUGCAGCAGCUGUUCAUCCAGCUGGUGCUGAAGCAGGAGCAGGAAGAGUAUCAACGAGAAGGAAUCCCCUGGAAACAUAUUGAUUACUUCAAUAACCAGAUCAUCGUGGACUUGGUGGAGCAGCAGCACAAAGGCAUCUUCUCCGUCCUGGACGAGGCUUGUAUGAACGUGGGCAAAGUCACCGACGAGGUUUUCCUCCAAGGCCUCAACGGCAAACUGGGCAAACACGCCCACUUCACCAGUCGCAAGCUCUCGCCCGCCGACAAGACUCUGGAGUUCGACCGGGACUUUCGUAUCAGACACUACGCAGGAGACGUGAUGUACUCUGUGGUGGGUUUCAUUGACAAGAACAAAGACACACUGUUCCAGGAUUUCAAGAGACUGCUCUACAACAGUUCUAACCCGGUGCUGAAGGGGAUGUGGCCCGAGGGCAAGCUGAGCAUCACGGAGGUCACCAAGCGGCCGCUCACCGCCGCCACGCUCUUCAAAAACUCCAUGAUCGCGCUGGUGGAGAACCUGACGUGCAAGGAGCCCUACUACGUCCGCUGCAUCAAGCCCAACGACGUCAAGUCCCCGCUGCUGUUCGAGCAGGAGCGCUGCCGCCACCAGGUGGAGUACCUGGGGCUGCUGGAGAACGUCAGGGUGCGGCGCGCCGGCUUCGCCUACAGGCAGACGUACCCUCGCUUCCUGCAGAGAUACAAGAUGAUCUCGGAGUUCACGUGGCCGAACCACGACCUGCCCUCGGACCAGGAGGCGGUGAAGCGGCUGCUGCAGGGCUGCGGGUUCGACCACGACGUCGCCUACGGCAAAACCAAAGUCUUCAUCCGCACGCCGCGCACCCUCUUCAGCCUCGAGGAGCAGAGGACCGAGAUGGUCGGGAGAAUCGUCCUCUUCCUCCAGAAGGUGUGGAGGGGCACCAUCGCCCGGAUGCGGUACCGGCGGAUGCGGGCGGCCCUCGUCAUCCUUCAGGCUUACCGCCGCUACAAGGUCAGGUCCUACAUCCGCGAGGUCAACCGGCGCUUCAAGAACGUCCGGUCCAUGAAGGACUACGGCCGACACGUCAAGUGGCCGACGCCCCCGAAGGUCCUGCGCAAGUUCGAGGAGUCGCUGAGGAGCAUCUACAACAGGUGGUGGGCAUGGACACUGAUCAAAGGCCUUUCUCCAGAGGAGGUCCUGCGGGUGAGGGCCAAGGUCGCCUGUCUGGAGGCCCUGAAGGGCCACAGGAGCGACUUGGGCCUGCAACGAGCCUGGGAAGGAAACUAUCUGAAGCGAGACAGCCCCGACAGCGCCGCCUCGUUCACGCUCGUCUCCAGCGAGCUGCAGCGGAAAGACAAAUUCAUGAGGGUGCUGUUCUCCUGCAACGUUCGCAAGAUCAACCGUUUCCACAAGUCGGAGGACAGGACUGUGCUCAUCACUGACCGCCACCUGUACAAGAUGGAUCCCCUGAAGCAGUACAAGCCCAUGAAGAGCUUCCCCCUCUACAACGUGACGGGGAUGAGUGUGUCCCCGGGGAAGGACCAGCUGGUUGUCUUCCACACUAAGGACAGCAGGGACCUGGUGGUGUGCCUGCAGGGAGUGGUCCCUGCCAGCGAGAGCCGCAUCGGGGAGCUGGUGGGCACCUUGCUCAGCCACUUCAAGAGUGAGAAGAGGAAGCUGCAGGUGAACGUCUCCAGUCCCAUCCAGUGCAGCAUGAACGGCAGGAAGUGCACCAUCAUCGUGGAGCCCAAGAUCAACCAAUCACAGCCGGACUUCACCAAGAGCCGCUCGGGUUACAUCCUGGCUGUUCCCGGCAACUGAGAUCAGACUGUGACGGCCGACUCCAAAGCAGGCCAGGAUGAUGAAGAUGAUGAUGAUGAUGAUUCACAUCUUAUUCCCUCCUCAUGUUUUCUGCAAAGGAGCUUUGAGGGGAUCGAACCUCAAACAGCAGAGUUGUGUCAAAUUGGACCUGUUUUCUAGAUUUCUAUGCAAUGCAGCGAUGAAAAGGAAGCGUUAGCAUUAUGCUACAUGCUAAAUCUUAUUAGCUAAACAGGUAUAAAAGAUAAUAUGCACUGUCUCUUUAAAAUCCAAAUUUAAAAUGAUUUGCUUUUGUGCAAUAUAGAGUUUAUUGUGAUUGAUUAUUGUGAGUUGAGAUGAGAGGAGAUUAAUCUGCAACUUGCAUCAUAGAUUUAAAAAUCCAAAGGUUGAGCAGGAAUGAAAAAUCCCUGCGGCUCCGGAUCAGAAGUGAAACCCCAGAUAUGAAUGAUUCUUAAAACACCUGCUUUAAUUGAGUUGUGGAUUUUAUUCUAAGGAAUAUUAAUGUUAAUUGACUUAAUGAAUGGAACUGUAACAUCCAAUCUUAGUUUGUUAAAUGUUUACAAUCACGUGAUAACGAGUGAGAAUCAAACAGUAGUUCAGUGACAGGAUGUGUUGAGCACAUCCGCGACAUCGCAAACCUGCGACAAGUACAAAGUGCUAAAAUCUGUUAAUUUAAAAUCCUGCUUCUUAUAAUCUUUACUGAAAUGUCUUUUAUAAUAUUCCCCCCCAAAAAGUGUCUGCACGGCACCUGUACUGCAUCGAGUGCACAACUAAUACUGAGUCAUACUGUAGAGGGACAAUAUGAAGAUUAUAACCAAAGCAUUACAUUCUACAGGAGGCUUCGUGAUCUCUAGAGCCCUGUUCACACGACACAGGUUCAGGAUCAGUCAGAUUCAUGUCCUUGUGUCCUCGUGUCCUUGUGUCCUCGUGUCCUUGUGUCCUUGUGUCCUCCGGUCGCUAAACUAUCUGUGCUUAAAAACAAUAUGAUAUUUUUUCCAAUCAUCGCAGAAAUAUAUACGUUAGCACAGAUGCUGAGGAGAUGAAGACGUCUGACUUCAUUGUGUGAGAUUCAUUGAUUCGUCCCAGUCGCUGCUGCUACAGAGCGCCGGUCGCCUGCUCAUUCAAACUUUACUCAAAGUGGCCAAAUUCAACACUUCACUUCUUUGGGUCCUUUACAACACACACACACACCAAGUUGUGUAGCUGAUGUGUGUGUUUGAUUUCUAGGCGUGUGAGACGCUGAUCUGUGGAAUCAGUAGAAAGAUGAGUCAUUCAGGACUCAGAGGUUCACUUCACUUCGAUGGGGGGGACGGGGGGGGGACUUGUCAGCGCUCUGAUUUCACCCGACUCUUGUGAGAGCGACUCGUUUAUCUUAAUUAGUUUGCUAUUGGCCCUUUGAAGAAGCAAAUCUCUGCUCCACCUCGCGGCUCUGUGGCGAGAUGACCUCGUGCUGUUGUUGGAUGAAGGCUCUUGGUAAUUGGUGCGUCGGAUUAAAGGAAGUGACAUCGGGAGCGUGAAGAGACGCUUUUCACUUGGUGCAGUCUCUGCCUGAACUCGGGGGGGCGGGGGGGGGGGACGAUAACGCUGCCGCUCUACAUAUCCCUCUGCCUGGUGAUCCCCCACAGGGCUCCACUAUGCACCGCUCAUCAUUAGGAUGGAGUCCGUGUCACUCCUCACUCCAGCGCUUCUCUCUCUCUUCUUCUUCUCUCUCUUCUCUCGCGGUGGUAAAACGAGGGGGUUGGUGAACAAAGCCUCGCUCGGCCUUCUCUCCUCCUCGACUCCCUCUGCUUUCCUUUUCCUCCCACUCCCUCCCUCCCUCCUCUUCCUCUUCCCUUCCCCUGUCAGAUCGCUUGGCUCCACGCCCGGCUCGGCCCGACUCCGCCGUCCUGCAGGGCACUGGAGGUUUUUCCUGUUUUCUUUGUUUUUCUGCUGUUGUUGUUUUAUACUUCAGCCGUCCUGUGCCCAGGAGGCGUGCAAAUGGAGAAAGGGAAAAAGCACAAACAACCAGACGAGUCAAACAAUAGGAGGAUCAGGCAGAAACUAAAACCAGGGAGGAAAGAACAAGAUGGAUGAAGCAGAAACGUGGAUCUAAACCCUGUUAAAAUACAUUUUCUUAUUGUUAACAAAUCACGAAACGACCAAAACCUACAAUGUUCUAGUUUAUUUACUCUCCUCGGAAAUAAGAAUCAGGUUUAAUAUAUAUAUUAUAUUAAAUAAUUCUUUAUUCCUCCCUGCAGCCAGUGGCCGGAGGUUCCCUCGAGGGAAUUUCUUCAAGUCAAAGAUGAACUUAGAUUGGUGGUUGAAGGUCAAAGGUUGAAGGUCACGGUUCUUGUGAAGAUGAAAUAUCAGGAACACCCAACGUGUCAAAGGUCAAGUUCACGAGCGUUCACUAAAGACUCUGGAUUAACUGAUUAGAUUUGAGUUGGUCACAGAUCCAGGGUCGAGGUCACGGUGGCCUCACGUGUCUCAGCUUCUGGAACGUGACACAUCUCGUGAUGAAGUGUCUUCAGCCUGGAUCUCCACCGGCCUCUAGUUCAAUAAAUCAAAGCUGUUUCCUAAAGUACCUGCAACUAUCACAGUAACUAGAACAGGAGGUGUUGUAGGGACUAUUUUCUUCAGCGUAUUGAAACAUAUUCGGUGGAAUUUGGUUUUCCUCAUAUUGAUUAUCAGCUUUAAGUGUGAAAAUCCCCGUGGAUCUAAUCAAAAGGACACAAACAGAUCUCAGAUGAGUCUUAACUCUCGGUGCCACUGUGCUCUUCCCUCUGCUGAUCUCUGCAGUGACAGCGUGACGAACACAUUCCUUCACUUUCCAGUGUCCACGUCGGCCAAAGGGUGAAAAGCUCAAAUCCCAUUUUCCUUUCUGUAAUUUAUUCUGUGGCUUUAAGCAAAAAAUCUGUAUAUGUAUGUGCACCGUUCAUUCAGUAUGUGCCUAAAUUUAUGUUAAGUUUAUAUUUUGAAUAUUUGUGUAAUAUUUCACUACUACGUCCCGUAACUAUACUGUAAUAUCCAGACCAAGUCUAAAGGGAACAGUUGUAAUAUUAUUUUGUAUAAAUGCAGAUCAUGCAUUCCACGAUGAUCCGUAAUGAAAAAUAUUUCAUUAAUCAUUAUAUCAAUAAAUUUAUUCGCCUCA